CAUCAUAUCGAACCCGGGGGGAAGAACUCGUACCGGACCCCAGUUGGCUGCGAACGGUUAGUCUUCGGGUACUCGUGCAUGCUGCCAGACAGCUGAACGGUUUGCAGUCGGUCGUUCCUUCAAGCGGUUGUUCCCCCCGGUCGUCGUACCGUAUCUCCCGUUGCUGGCCGUGAUGCCACUGGCCGACAGAUGUGUGUAAUUGGGCCAACUUCCGACAUUGAUUGGCUUGUGAAUUCGGCGGAGGCCCCGCUGCUGUUGCCGUUGUAGUGACUGCGGGGAAAGGAUUUACUGAUUGAGGCGGAUUGGUUUCGCCUAAAGGAUUGCCGUCCCCUUAUAGGUCGUGAUGAAAUGUGAAACAAAAUCAAUUUCUUAGCUCGGAAAUGGGAGUGCUGUUGUGGAUCCUGUGGGAUGACAGUGAGAAAUAGGUGCUGUGAAAAAGUGACGGAUGCUGGAGCUCUGCUCUCUUUCAAUCUCUCGCUCUCAUUCACUCUCGCGCUCGGUAGUGGAUGGUGCGAGCGGUGCCUACAAGUGAGGCUUCCAAAGGUGGUGUAAAUUUCGUGACCAGGUGUGAAACUCGGAGCCCCUGACCGUGGUUUGGGGAAAUGGAUGCUAUUGAAAUCAAAUUUCUACCGAUCAUGGAUUAUUAUCGCAGCAACCGUGAAAAAUUGGUUCGUGUGAGUGCGUGCUAAAUAAAAAUAAAAAUGAGUGGAUAAGGGUGGUGUUUUCCGGAGCAAAAAAAAUUCCCCUCUGCACGGUGCGGGUUUUGCGGAAAAGUGUUGACGUGAGAGAAGUCAGAAGAAAAACACACUCAAUCAGAUGAAUGAUUGGGGCAGAAAUAGUAAAAGUUUACCCACUGCUGUGAGCAGAUUGGGCUAGGUCAGCGAGACCUAAUUCUGAGGACGGUGUUUCCGGGAAUCAUUACGACGUAUUGUGUGGGAACGAAACGAAAAUUCCAGCAGAAUCAAAAUUGUUAUUUUGGGUAUUCCGGGAUAGAGUGGCGAAAAGCGAAGAAUAAUAAAAUAUUUAUCGUGCGAAUGUGCAGUGGAAAUCUAGCUGGAGAGCGUACUUCAGUGAUUAAUAGUACUUGUGUCAGUCGUGCUUCGAAACGUAAAAAAUCCUCUCGAGUGGCAGAAACCAUUCGACAUGUACCAUCGCAGGAAGGAAAAUCCGUAAUAAGCAGGCUGUGAUGUGCCCUCUCUGCGAAAGGCAAGAAGGAGCAAGUGAAUCCACUUAGUGCUGUCGGGAAAAGAUGUGAAGUGAGGAUUAGCGAACAAGUUUGCUGUAAUAAACACAGGAUUAACGUAAGACAUUUAGCCGAGUCUAAAAGGUAGUUCGGAUUGGUGUCAUCAUAAGCAACACUAACAACCCGUGGGAUCCCGGAAAUUGGAAAACGAGUAAUCCUUGAACCUGGAUCAUGUUCAUCGCAUGAAUAAGGUUCCAACGAAUCCACUGGGUCAUUCAAUUAUCCCCGGAGCAAUCUGCAUCAUCACAACCGACCGGGGUAACUCUGCUGACUUUUUGCUCGGAGCUGCCGUGUUUCCAAGAAACAAAAAAAGCACCAGCUCUCUCUUCAUCAACAAACUGCAACCAGUCAGGUGCACUAGUAUAAAGAAGCACUCAAUUCGAUCCAACCUCCAACGGCUACGCUCCCCAUCCGCCCGCAUCCGGGGGAGCUCCACAGAACCAUAAUAAACGCUACCGGGUGGUAUCAGUUGCUACGUACUUGCUUUUGCUGCCGACGAGAAAAACAAACACCGGAGCAAGGAUUAUAUCUCCAACCCCGCCCUACCACCCACUAACCGCCACCGUCCCGGCACGAGGCAGGUUAGUUCGAACAAGAAGUCGGCGCGGGAAGGUUAGGUAAUAGUGCCCAAACGUCAGACACAGCACUAUUGCCUUAACAUUGCGAAGGCUGCUCGGUCACCUGGCACAGGCCAGGAUCAUUGCAAGCUUGUUAGCAGCCAAAGCCGGAUCAGAUCAGAUACAGACUCAUUUUCGAGCUUGUUGAUGGUACUAAUAAAUGGCCACAAGUUCUGAUUGUACUGUUGCGAGCAGGGCAGAUGUUACUUCUGAAGCUUGCCUUGGCUGGGCCAGGAGGACUCUGGUGUCGGUAUUCUUUAUUGGCAGUCGUUAGGAGGACAUAAAUAGUGAACCUUUCCGGUUGUAACUAUCUCACUAACGCACACACACACCUACACAUAUACGAACAGACACCCGCCUAUGGCAAAGCAAGCGCUGGAAUCUAAUAAUGAAGUGGAAUCGAUUGUGUCGGACGUCCUAACUUUUCCGAUGAAAGAAGAGAAGUGUCCGACUGAAGGAGUGUACAUUUUUCUUGCCAAACUACAGUAGCAAUGGGUUAGAUCGGGAAGUGGGACACAAGAUCGGGACAAGUGGAAUGCAAUCAACAGUGAUAUAUACUGACAAUUGUUAUUUCGCAAUUAUGUGCAAGCUUUCGCGAUAAAUUCUCCGCUUCUUGAGUGCACUCAAAAUUGAGAGAGAGAAAAAAAUAGAAACCGUUUCGGUUGGAAGUGUGAAAACAGUGCGGAUAUAAGUCAACCUCUGCUUUGAACCUUGCUCGACCAGACUGUGGUUAAAGACAGGCCAAAUAACCGCAACUGCCAGCCAACGCAAAACCAUGGCGCUUUUGAGAUGAAAGAAAAACACUUUUCAAAAACACCUCAUCUCUAAGGAAAAGCUGGAUACUUCGUCGAGGGCUUACGGCUGGAAAAUUGAAACUAAAGCGUUGUGCGAAGAUGAAACAAAUAGAACGGAGCAAUGAACGAACAGUAAAAAGUGUACGGCAGCACUCGACAGUUCAAGUUCCAUUCCAUCCAUGGUAGCGGUUUGAGUGAAAGAAAGAAACAAAGUAGAGGAAACAGCACCGUGCAAUCAUCGAACUUGGUGCGGCUCAACCCUUACCGAGACCACAAAUGAAACCAGGAUUUCAUCUUACAUCGGAAAACGAAAGGAAAAUAAAAUUAAAAUCCAAAACCAUUCUCCGGAAGACUUGAGCAGAGACUGUGGAAAACCAAACGUGUUAAAGUAAAAAAAGUAGUGGAUUGUUUGUGAAUUAUGUAAAUAAGCACCAGUGAACCGUUUCCGUGAUGAUGAUAGAAAAGCUCCGUUUCCAGCGCUGAACAACCCCCGCCCCCCCACAGCAGCAGCGUGUUAAGCGACGAACCCCAGCCAGCUGUACCGUGUGCACCCGGGGAAACCUGAACCGAACCGAACCUCGAUAUCCGAUGAAAAUGUUCGUCAAGUUCCAGUACUACUGCAUCAUCUACUUCCUGCUGGUGCGGCACCUGAACGGUUCCACGAUGGAUCUGUACAAAAACUCCCGGCUCAGCCAGCGCAUCGUGCAGACGCGGUACGGGCGGCUGCAGGGACUGAUACUGCCGCUGGAGAGUUACAAAUUCCUUAAACCCAUCGAAGCGUUCCUGGGCGUCCCGUACGCCACGCCGCCAACCAAGUUGAAUAGGUUUAGUCCAACCCGAACGCCCUCGCCGUGGGACGGCGUCCGGAUAGCCGAUAAGUUUAGUCCGGUUUGCCCCCAGCGGCUGCCGAAUGUAAAUAACGAAACAGCAGCUUUAGAUAAGAUGCCAAAAGGACGACUAGAGUAUUUGAAACGUUUGCUACCUUUUUUAAUAAACCAGUCGGAGGAUUGUUUGUACUUGAACGUAUUUUCACCUGCACAUGCCGCUCAAAGCGAAAGAAAAUUACCUGUUGUAGUAUUUUUACACGGAGAAUCAUUUGAAUGGAACAGUGGGAACCCGUACGAUGGGACCGUUCUGGCCAGUUACGGAGAAAUAGUUGUAGUUACACUGAAUUAUCGAUUAGGAAUCUUAGGUUUUUUAAAUGCCAAUCCGAGCCCGGAGAUACGGGCACGAGUGGCCAACUAUGGCCUGAUGGACCAGAUGGCGGCCCUGCACUGGGUUCAGCAAAACAUUGCCAAGUUCGGAGGGGACCCAUCGAUGGUGACCCUCGCCGGUCACGGAAGUGGUGCCGCGUGCAUCAACUUCCUAAUGACUUCACCCACGAUGGUACCCGGAUUGUUCCAUCGAGCGAUUCUGCUGUCGGGAUCGGCCUAUUCAUCCUGGGCCCUGGUCGAAGAUCCGGUAGUAUACGCACUGCGGCUGGCGAAGGAAGUCAAUUGCUCAAUACCGGAAGAUCUGAUCAAAAGUCACGAAGAGAUCGUGGACUGCUUGCGGGAUAUCCCACUGGAGGAUCUGUUUGCGGCAGACAUACAACCGCCAAGCUUCCUGAGUGCAUUCGGACCAUCCGUCGAUGGCGUGGUGAUCCGGCCGGGCCGAACCAAUCAAGACAUCGACGAGACGCCCAUCCGAGGAACCUCGAAACGAUCCCAGGGUGCGGCUGGGCGCUAUGACCUACUGUUCGGCGUCGUGACGGGUGAAGCCCUGUGGCGAUUCAGUGCAGUUGACAUCCAGAGUGGUUUCGAGGGUGAACGGCGGGACCGAAUCCUACGAACCUACGUACGAAAUGCGUACACCUACCACCUUAGUGAAAUUUUCUACACCGUAGUAAACGAAUACACGGACUGGGAACGAACGAGCAUGCAUCCAAUCAACACGAGAGACGCCGCAGUUGCCGCCCUCUCGGAUGCUCAAUUUGUGGCCCCGCUGGUGCAUACGGGGGAUAUGCUUGCACCGCCACCGCCACUACCCGGCCAGGAACCGUCCGGGCCGAAGUGUUUCUUCUACGUGUUCGACUAUCAAACCAAGGACGGUGACUAUCCACAACGAAUGGGAACGGUUCACGGUGAGGAUUUGCCGUACGUUUUCGGCGCUCCCCUGGUGGACGGGUUCAAUCACUUUCCCAGAAACUACACCAAAUCGGAGGUGGCCUUGUCCGAGGCGAUCAUGAUUUACUGGGCGAACUUUGCGAGGACGGGGAACCCUAACGAGCAUCACCGGCAGGACUCAAUCCUGUCGGCAUCCAAAGAACGCAAUCGUUUCCGCAGCAUCAAUUGGGACGAGUACGACCCAGUCCAUCAGAAGUAUCUCGAAAUAGGCAUGAAACCUCGCAUGAAGAAUCACUUUCGCGCCCAUCAGCUCUCGAUCUGGCUGAGGCUGAUACCGGAACUGCACAAGGCCGGCAUGGAGGAUGUGGUGGCGCGGCACAAUCUGUUCAAGAACCAUGACGACCAGGACAUCUACGAGGGCAUCGUCAAACCGAACGGGUUGUCCCGAUUAUCCUUCCUGGAGCAGGAUCUGAAACGACGUGGCAUGAAUGGGCCACAGUUCGGUCAUUCUCUGCACAGCAACGUCGGUAUGACAACCGUGGAACCAUCGCUGCUGACCACCUGUAUGCCAGUGAGCAACUAUACGGCCUACCCCCAACCAACUUCUAUGGUGCUGAACGCCACCAUGGACACCCUGGCCGGACUGGAGGCAGCCGGAUAUGCGGCAUACUCGACUGCCCUGAGCGUCACCAUCGCCAUCGGUUGCAGUCUGCUCAUAUUGAAUGUGCUGAUCUUUGCCGGAGUGUACUACCAGCGAGACAAGACCCGGCUGGAGGUGAAGAGUUUGCAAAAACAGUACCAGCAACGGAGCGGAAUGCACCAGCAGGGGCCGUUUGAUCCGAUUAAGCACGCCCACUACCACCUAGGUCACUCGCAGUCCGCAAACGUGAUAGUGGACGUGGAAAACCACGACACCGGUGCACUCAUCCUGGCCGGCGACGUCAAAUCACCACACAUCUGUUCCAAUUCGAUGCAGAUCAAUGUGAUGAAGAGCGGAUCACCGGGCAACGAUGGUCGGAAUGGUGGUGGUGGUGGUGGAGGAAGUGACGGUGGAGGUGGCUGUACGGUCCCAUCAGGUCAAACCACAAAUAAUGCAAAAAUCCCACUGGCUAAUAACACCUCGUACAAGCCACGAACCGAGCACAUUACGAUACCGAUCAAAAAUUCUACCUUCACCGGGGGCACCGGACUGAUGACGCUCCCCAAGCCGGGCACGGUGCACAUACCGAUGAGCUACAAUCGGAACGAGUGCAUGACACUUCCCCGGAAUACCGGCAUCAACGCAUCCAGUAUGACUACGGAGGCUCAACAAAUUAAACUACCGCCAAACGGAACUGCCAUCGGUGUCCACAUGCGCUCGAACGCGGCGACGGCCACCCUCGGCAGGCCGCAAUCCUGCAGUUCACCGGAAAACCGGUCCCUUCACUUGACAUCAACCGCAUCGACGCAGCAUCCGCCUCCACCGCCCUCAAGCGGCCAUCAGCACACGCACCAACACCACUCACACUCUCAUCUACAGCAGCAGCAGCAACAACAGCAGCAGCAGUAUCACCACCAGCAACAGCAGCAAGAUACCGGCGGAACCCAGCUACAGAACCUCAAGGGUUGCCCCCAGCAGUUACCCCACGCGGCUAUGAGUGAAAUGCGUGUUUGAUUGCACUUUGCCCGCGGGUGACCCCACAAUCCGGAUGAUGGUGAAAUUGUUUAAUGUUCUGUUUGUUGAUCCUGUUGUUACAUACACACACACACCCUCAUACAUACGACGACGUAUUUAGCCAGAGGAGACUACUGUCGCCCUGGGUGCUCACUACUACUGACUACUGGUGCUCUUUUGACUGGUCAUCGUCAUCAUCAUUAUCCUCAACCACCCUACGCUCCAUUCAGGUUUAGCUUUUAUGUUGAUUGAUUGUUGAUGUUUGUUAUGUUGUUUUAUGGAUAAAAGCGAAACUAGCAUGGGGUCGGUAUUGGUUUAUUCCAUCAUGCUCGCCGGUCAGUAGGUCGAGCUGCCAUUCUUACCGGUUAGGACCAGUUGCAAUUGAUGCCGGGAUCAAUGCGAAUGUUUCAUGGUCUUCUAACUAAGGCAAGUCGUCGUUCAAGUAAGGAUAAUGUUGGAGACUUCUUGUGAUUGGCAGCUUCAACAACAUGCUUAGCUUACGAAGAUUUCCAGUGACGAUCUUGAAUGGGGAAAUUUGCCGAGCACUUGCCAGUUCUGCAAUAUUCGUGAGUUGAACUUUCAAAACCACUCUAUUAAGUGUUUAAACAUUCCACUUGUUUGUGGUUCCUAAAUAGCAUCGCCAACCUGAUGAUAUUUACCACCACCACCACCAGUUCUCGUUAUGUCACGCUCAAAUUAAAUUAAAUUGUUAACACUGGCGAUUUUCUGGCCACAACAUAAUUAGUGUAUCAAUUCGUGAGUGGUUUAUAAAAAAGAAAAGUAACACAAAUGGCGAGUGUAUAACCUCUACACUAAUUACGCAUUUAACGAAACUACGACGCUGUCACCAAUAGUUAGAGGAAAUAAAGUCUGUUAGACUAUAAACGACGAAUACAGUUCUACGGAACUGUGCUUUCUUUUAACAAGUCAUUCAACCAUAAAUAAAUAAGAAAAAAGUGGAACGAACCAUGCCGGCACCUAAUCUGAUAAUUGUUUGCUCCGAUCAGUUAUUUCUAACCAACUAACUUCUCAAACCUAAGGUUAGGAAAGUGAGUUUAGAAAAAUGAAAAAAAUAAGAAUCAUAAAUCAUCAGCACUAGAUAAUCGCCGAUAGUAAAUUAUUUCACAAACUCAUCGUGACAUACCCAAACCUUCCACCCGCUCGAAAGAGGCAGACUGGUUUUCCAACAAACACAAGCGAUGAUGCAAUGUACAGAUUUUUUUCUACGAAUAGAAACACUACUAAACAGAAACCAGUAAACUAUAGAUAAAUUCAAAUUUAAAUUACCACUGGGUAACACUGGUGAAGUUACCGAAACUCAAGCGAAAAUAGCAAAACUGAAAAACAAAAAUAAUUAAGAAAACAAUCUUUCCAAACAGUUGAUUAGUCCCGACGUUAGCUGAAGAGAGGCUAAAAUAAAAACAAAAAAAAAACAAUAUAAAUAAAGAGACAAACUGAACAUUGAAGGUGUAAAAGAAAUGAGCGUAAACUAGUUGAUAAGUGAGGAAGAAUGCCGGUCAAAUACGAAAACAAAAGAAAAACACGAAUGUUAAAUGUUAAUUGAAAUACUUUAAUUGAUUGGAUGUAAAUCGAGGUGAACACUGAUUUUAAGCGCUGUUUUAAAGAAGAGUAACUGAAGGGAUGAAAGUAUUGGAAUAAAAACUGUAAAAAAAUAACAAUCCGAGUAACUGAGUAACA